AUGGGGACUGAGGCGGCUUUAAAGACGUUCACAGCAGAAGAGCUCGACGAGGCCACGAAUAACUACUCGCGGGAAAACUCGCUCGGUCGCGGCGGCUUCGGCACGGGCUACCGCGGAAAGCUCGCGGAUGGUUCCCCCGUGCUUGUAAUGAAGCUGAACCCCGAUAACACCCGCCAAGCCGCGGAGAAAUUUACCCGUGAAGUUACCAUUUUAACGCGCGCGGACCACCCGCAUCUUGUCAAGCUCCUCGGGUACAAUCCUGAGGCACGCUGUAUCGUGUACGAGUCGCUCCCGGCCGGGAGUCUCGAGGACCGUCUGCUGACGGAAUCGGGACGGAAAACGAUGAGGCAGAAGGACCGUCUGAAAAUCGCGGCGGAGGCGUCAGAAGCUCUCCUCUUCCUCCACCAUCUCGAGCCGCCGAUUCUCCAUCAGGACGUGAAACCCGGAAACGUCAUGCUGAACGAAGAUCUCUCCUGUAAGGUCGGCGGAGUCGGUCUGGCGAAGUUCCUCCCCGCGAAUGACUCGUCGAUCUGGGGAACGGUGGGGUAUAUCGACCCGCUGCUUCUCCGCACCGGGAAAUACGGCCCGCAGUCGGAUCUGUACGGAUUAGGGUUGGUGAUCCUGCAGUUGUUGACUGGCGAGAAGGUGAAUAAGGUGCUCGAGUUUGCGAAAUUCGGGCUGGAGGGAAUUCUGGAUCAUCUGGAUAAGACGGUUCAGUGGAACCCGGAGAUCGCGAAGGAGGUUGCUGACGUGGCGCUGAAAUGUAGGGACAGGAUGAGCCGGCCGGAUCUGGAGACGGUUGUGCUGCCGAUGCUGAGGAAAUACGCGGAGCAGACCAAGGGGGAGAAAGAGGCGGAGACCGCUCCGCCUGCUGCUGCUGCUGCUGGUGGCGGUGGUGGUGGUGGUGCGAAGGGUGGUGGUGGUGGUGGGGCGAGUAAGGGGCAUGAGAAGAAGGGUGCGGCUGCGGCGGCGGCUGCUGCACCUCAGAAGAAGGGGCUGUUUGGGUAUUUCUUUGGCAGGCGUGCGGAGGCGGCGGCUGCGCUUCAGAAGAAGGGGCUGUUUGGAAAAGAGGAAGGGAAGGGGUGGAGUGAAGGAGGAGGUGAAGGGAGGAAGUGA